UCUUAUUCUAUAUCGUAGAGCAGUUCAAACGAUGAUUUUAAUAUUAAUGAAUUAUUUUAAGCUGCAUAAAAAAAUGUUAAUAAGUUAAGGGGCCCGAACACUAAAAUUUUCAAAAAAUCGAUUUUUUAUUUUUUUGCUAAAUCAAUAGUUUAGACAUCGAAGAACAUGUAUGUAAAGUUUCAAGUAAAAAUUCGAACUCUAAGUAUUUGAAAAGAGCGUCAGACGCUGACGUGUUGCCCGAGCGUUUUUGGGCGUUUCGGAGCGCUGCGCGCGUAUGGUAAAUAUAACCUUAAAUUUAGUGAACACAACGUGCUCUUGUUUUGUUAACAAAAGUUUUGAUUUACGUGUUUUUGAAAGUUAAAAACAUUGUGAUUGUUUAAAUAAUGGAUAAAAGAGGUAAGAGGCACUCUGCUGGAAAGACGACAAAAAGAAGAGACAGAAAGAAAAGGCGAGUUGGUCCUGCAAAUAGAUACGUCGCCGAGACAGCAACAAUUAAUACUAGUACGUCUGAACAGAAGCUCAAUACUUCCUUCGACGAUUUGAAUGUGCCGAUUGAUCAAAGUGUUUCUUAUAGAGUUAUAAAUUUUUUAUCGGUAUUUUCAAAGCUGAGCCAAGUAGUUAAGUGUAAAACAUGUGGGGGAGACGUCGAAUUCACUGAAACUGCUAGCAGAGGGCUGGGUUUCAAUUUAAUAGUGACGUGUAAAAAGUGUCAGCCAACGAAAAUUCCUUCUUGCCCUAUUAUAAAAAACGCCUUCGAAGUCAAUCGUCGGUUUGUAUUUGCUAUGAGGAUGCUUGGUGUCUCACAAGCCGGAGCCGAAAAAUUUUGCGCCUUUAUGGAUCUACCUCGGCCUCUAUUUCCGAAAACGUAUGCCGACUUAACGGAAAUCGUUAGCAGCGCCACAGAAAAGGUAAAAAAUAUGUCAAUAAAAAGUGCAGGUGAUGAAGAAAGACGGAUAACGUUAGAGAAAAACCCAGAUUCAGUCGGACUAACCGUCUCAGGCGAUGGCAGUUGGCGAAAAAGAGGCUUCAGCUCUUUACAUGGCGUGUUAUCCUUAAUAGGAUAUCAUAGUAACAAAGUGCUUGAUUUUACAGUUAAAUCAUCACAUUGUCAUGGGUGCUCUUUGUGGAAAAAUAAAAAAGGUACAGCAGAGUAUGAUUUAUGGUAUGAGGAGCAUAAGGAAACGUGCGACGCGAACCACGUUGGUCCCGCUGGAAAUAUGGAGCCGCUCGCAAUGGUUAAGAUGUUUCAAAGAUCGGAGGAAUUACACGAGGUAAAGUACGAUUGCUAUAUCGGCGAUGGCGAUUCUAAGACGUACAACAAAGUCGUAGAAAAUGUACAGUAUGAUGUGACAAAAAAAGAGUGCGUGAACCAUGUGCAGAAGCGCAUGGGGACCAGGUUACGUAAUUGCAAAAAAACAACAAAAGGCAUUGGAGGUAGGAGUAAGCUUACUGACAAACUUGUUAAGGUUCUUACCCUUUACUACGGGCUCGCUAUAAGGCGCAAUAGUAACUCUUUAGAAGAAACGAAAAAAGACGUAUGGGCAACGUUUUUACAUAAAUCCUCAACCGAUUCUAAGCCAAUGCACGAAAACUGUCCGAAAGGGCCGCAAUCUUGGUGUCAGUGGCAAAAGGCUCGUGCGCUCGGGAAGCUUCAAGAUUUCAAACACGAACCUACACUACCAAAAGAAGUUUUAGACGCUAUCAAGCCUAUAUAUAUACCGAUCUCAGCUGUGAUGAUCUUCUAG